AUGGCGUCCCACAACCAGAGCCAGGGAUCGGGCGCCUCACCCGGCAAUCCAGACCAUCGCAGCGUGAGCCCAUCACCCCACACUCAGCAGUAUCACGACCCAACCUCCGGCUUGGGCCUGGAUCCUUCCAUGCCCGCCGCCUUUGCGACAAACCAACCCUUCAACAACCAGGACCCAGGAAUCGGCGGCGCAGACGCGUAUGGCUAUUCUACGGGUUACUUGUCGGCCGCCCCGCCAGCGCAGAGCCUCGAGCAGUUCCCCCCCGCGAUAAAUACCAACAAUAUCUCCAUGUCGCAGGCUUUCGACCCAAACCUCGUCAACCAAAUGGACCAGGGACAAUCGGGUCUACACUCCCGGCAGCCCGAUGAGAACUUCUCCAAUUUACUCAAUAACCCCAACGACUUGGACUUCUCAGGCUAUCAUAACCACAGCCCCCAUAGUACCACCCCGUCAGAAUACGAUUCGUCGCAUCUCCUGGAUCCCCAAAUGCAUCAACGACCAGCAUCCAUGCACCAGGCUAUCAACCCGGCCGAUCUAGUUAGCCCCAUAUCCAACCCCUCUGCGUCCUCCCACCCGUCCUCCCAAGACCAACAACAGUCGUCCCCGGGGCCCAUGUCCCCUCCCGGAUCAACUCCGGGCACGUAUUACACUCCCCAGCAUUCACGACACACCUCGUUGGAUCCCUCUACGGCGGCUUAUCUGAGUGCACAACCGAAUGCAGACUGGGGGUCAGUUAUGAACAAUGUCGCAUUCCAGGGCCACCGGAGAGCACCGUCUGAGGUUUCGGAGGUUUCCUCGGCCAAUCACUCCCCAUACCUAUCCCAGCAUGAGUAUGAUGGCAUUGAGAACAAUACGUCGCCUUCAUUGGCUCCACAAAAUGACCCUGCUCUGUACGACAAUCAGCUAGGUAUCGAGCAGUUUACCCUCUCGGAGCAACAGCAGGGUUUCAGCCCACUUCAUAGCCCGUACAUCUCACCUCGCCUCAUGCCACAACAGGGAGGUGAGAUUCCAAACAAUGGCGCUUAUCUCAAUGCCAACACCACGUCCCAGUUCCCCCCUGCACCGACCGAAAUGUACGGGAUGCCGGGGGAUGCACUCUUGAACCAGGGCUUCGACAAUGGCAUGACAGAUAUUGGCCAGGCAUCCUCGAUGGCCCCUCCUUCUAUCAACGUGGAAUUUGCCCCGCCAUCACGAGUUCCAAGCUUUGGUCCGCCCAAACCGACUACAGAUCUGGACUCGUUGAGCCCCCCCCGCAAUGCGUGCGUUUCAAUUACUCCAGCCUGGCUUUUGUUUCUAGCUACAUAUACUAACAACGCAUUAGGAUCUCGUAUGCGCAGCAAGUCCGAUCCAUAUACACACCCCGCGUCUCGUUCAAGAUCGCCGGCGAACUCAGCCACGAGUCUUGAGCCUGUUGCCCCCAGCACUCCGCGCUCGCUAUCCCCACACUCACGCAGCAGCCCUGGAUCCCGCGAUGCAUCUCCCUCCCGUUCCAACCGACGUCUUUCAACGUCGUCGAUCGAAAGCCGAAAUUAUAUUCUGGAUUUGGCCGAUCCCCAACGCCCCGGUGCGGUACCGGGAGAUUCCAAGCGUGUUCAGAAACACCCUGCCAAUUUCCAGUGCACAUUAUGCCCAAAGAAGUUCACCCGGGCCUAUAAUUUGCGCUCCCAUCUCCGAACCCACACCGACGAGCGACCUUUCGUUUGUACUGUCUGUGGCAAGGCAUUCGCCCGUCAACACGACCGAAAACGACACGAAGGGUUGCAUUCUGGCGAGAAGAAAUUUGUUUGCCGAGGCGAUCUGUCACGGAAUGGGAACUGGGGUUGUGGUCGUCGAUUCGCCCGUGCCGACGCUCUUGGCCGUCAUUUCAGAUCCGAAGCAGGUCGAGUCUGUAUUAAGCCACUGUUGGAUGAGGAAUCCCAAGAGCGGGACCGUGUUCUCAUGGAACAACAGCAACAGCCACAGCAAGCAGCCGGGCAUCUGCAACCAGUUCCACAGCCCAUGGUUAUGCCCGGGGUCCCAGGAAUGGAUGGCCAGCCUGGUAGCAAUUUCGUUCUCCCUGCUGCGCUUCUUGCACAAUACCCCGCACUUCAAACUCUGCAAUGGGAUCAGAUCCCUGCUGCAGGCGAAGAUCCCGGCGAAAUCGGCGGUCGGGGUAGUUUCGAUGCCAGCUCUGGCGGCGAAUUCGGCUAUGAUGAGGAAGAUUCCGGCAUGAGCGGUGGUUAUGGAAAUAGCCAUGGCGGCAUGUACGGUGGCCAGAUGUUAGGCGGCGAUCCUGGGUACCAGGAUCAAAAGUGGACUGGAUAA